AUGCCUUCUUUCACCGUCUACAAGGGCUCCAAGGACAGCAAGAUCGUCAAGGCGCAAACUACCAAGCCGGAUCUCCAGAACGACCAAGUUCUCAUCAAGGUCACCGCCUCCGGUCUCUGCGGCACAGAUGAGCACUACAAGGGAGCUGACAUGGCGCUCGGCCACGAGGGCGUCGGCAUCGUCGAGGACAUUGGUCCCAACGUGCAAGAACUGAAAAAGGGGGACAGAGUAGGCUGGGGUUACGAGCACAACAGCUGUGGACGUUGCGACAAGUGCCUCACAGGCCGCGAAACCUACUGCGAGGCUCGCGAGAUGUACGGCGAGGCCAACCUGGACCAAGGCAGCUUCGCCUCACACGCCGUCUGGCGCGAGGCCUUCCUCUUCAAAGUGCCUGAAGAGCUAUCCGAUGCCGAAGCCGCGCCUCUCAUGUGCGGUGGUGCCACCGUCUUCAACGCCCUCCACAGCUACAACGUCAAGCCCACGGACCGCGUCGGUGUAAUGGGUGUUGGUGGUCUGGGCCAUCUCGCCAUUCAGUACGCGGCCAAGAUGGGCUGCGACGUCGUCGUCUUCUCCGGGUCCGACAGCAAGAAAGAGGAGGCCAUGUCUCUAGGCGCAAAGGAGUUCGUCGCCAUGAAGGGCAAGUCUGAAAUUAGCGUUUCUCGAAAGGUCGACGCCCUCCUCGUUACUACCUCUGUUAUGCCAGACUGGAAGAUGAUGCUGCCCGUUCUCAACGCAAACGCUACCAUUUUCCCCAUGACCGUCAGCUUCAACGACUUCUCCUUCCCCCACAUGGCUUUGCUCUCCCAGGGCAUUACUGUUCAGGGUAGUGUUGUCGCAGCACGAGCCGUUCACAGGAGCAUGUUGGCUUUCUCGGCUCUGCACGGUAUCAAGCCCAUCCUCAUGGAGUUCCCAUUGAAUGAGAAGGGUAUUGAGGAGGCGAUGAACACACUGAAGGAUGGAAAGAUGAGGUACCGUGGUGUGCUUAAGCCCGAGUAG